AUGGCCGGAAAGAAGCGGCCCCCGACGGCGCUGGCCGAGCUCGACCCCGCCGCGUCGGACUCCUCGCAGGACGAGGCCGCGGCGAGGGCGGCGGGCCCGGCGGGCGAGGUGCCAGCGAAGAAGAAGAAGAAGCUGGCCAUGGAGGUCAGGAAGCAGCGGAAGCAACUCGACAAGGACCGCCACCGCCAGUUCGCGGAGAAGGCCGCCGCCGCCCCCAAGCCGCAGCCCGCGCCCGCCGCGGCCGCGGUGGACGAGGAGGCUGCGGCGGUGGUCCCGGUGCCAGUGCCAGUGCCCGCGCCCGCUGCGGUGGUGGCGGGGCCAGGGCUCCACAUGAAUGUCUUCAGGGACCUGGCGUCGCCCGAGGCCUCGCUGAGGGAGGCCGCGGCCGAGGCGCUGGUGGCCGAGCUCCGGGACGUGCAGAGGGCGUAUGAGAAGGAGAAGGCCGCGCGGGAGGAGGGGGAGGAGGACGACGGGGAUCGCGACGGCCCUUCGCAGAUGGAGGCCGAGAAGGAGGAUGGGCUGGAUAACUGCGCGCCCGCGGUGCGGUAUGCCAUCCGGCGGCUCAUCCGCGGUAUCUCUUCCUCUAGAGAGUUUGCAAGGCAAGGAUUCGCGUUGGGUCUCGCGGCUGUGCUCCAGUCAAUUAAAGCGAUCAGCGUGGAAGCCGUUAUGAAGUUGAUACCUGCUUUGCUGGAAUAUUCGGCUUCCAUGAAAGGACCGGAAGCUAAGGACAAUCUUUUGGGGCGCCUGUUUGGAUUUGGAUCACUUGCAAGGUCUGGAAGGGUUUUAGGACAGUGGAAACGUGAUAAGUCUUCUCCUCUUCUCAGGGAUUUUGUUACAGAGGUUGUGCAACUUGGAAAUAAGAAACGAUAUCUCACCGAGCCUGCGGUUGCAUUGAUUCUGGAUUUAACCAGGAAGCUGCCAGAUGAAGCUAUAUUCUCUGAGGUUCUAGAUACCCCUUGUGUACAAGAUUGGUUCAACAGAGCUGCUAAUGUUGGAGAUCCAGAUGCGCUCUUCCUGGCUUUGAAGUUCCAAGAAAGAACUAAUGUUCAGAGGGAGAUAUUUGGGAAGCUUCUGCCAUAUCCAUUCAGUCUUGACAAUUUUUUCACAGAAGAGCAUCUUCUAUCCCUUGCUGCUUGUUUUAAGGAAUCUGCAUUUUGUCUUCCACGCAUUCAUAGUAUAUGGCAUGUUAUCACAGACAUGCUCAUCCGGAAGGAAGCUUCUCAGAGUGAUAACAAUACGAGUUCUAGCAAAAAGCACAAAAAGAGUAAGAAAGGCAGUUCCUCUGAGGAUUCAAAAAAGAACCUACGCAAUUUCUGUGAGGUUAUUAUUGAAAGAUCGUUGCUGCUCUCAUCUCACGACCGGAAGCAUCUAGCAUUUAAUAUAAUUAUUGAUCUCCUACCAAGACUAUCUCCAUCAUCUAUUCAAGUAAUUCUGUCCAGCAAAGUUGUUCUUGGAUUGAUGGACAUUCUGUCUAAUGCUUCAUCGUGGUUAUACAAUGCCGGUCAACAUUUUCUGAAAGAAUUAGUCAGUUUAGUAAGCAAUGACAAUGAUCGUUGUGUUGCUGUUAUCAUCAACUUGCAGAAGUAUAGCUUUGGAAGAUUUGACAGCCUGACAAAAACAAAAACUGUUAAAGGGUUGAUCGCCAAGAUCCAGAAUGGUCAAGAUUGUUUGCAUCUUGUGCAAAAUUUGAUGGCACUCUUUGUGGAUGAAGGUUCUGUUACAGAUGAACCAUCUGAUCAAAGUCAGACAACUGAUGAGAAUUCCGAAGUUGGCUCAAUUGAAGAUAAGGAACUUGUUGGCGAAGGGAACGCUGACCUUCUGAAGAGUUGGGUGGUGAAUACAAUUCCAUUUGUCUUGAAAAAUCUAAAGCUCACAUCUAAAGGAUGUUCUCUGACAGAUUCUGAGAUGAUCAAGUGUAUUGAAGAAAAAUUUCAGGUGCAAACUGAGAUACUAAAAUUCUUUGCAGUCCAAGGUCUGUUCUCAGCCUCUUUAGGAACUGAGGUGACAUCGUUUGAGUUGCAAGAGAAGUUCAAAUGGCCAAAGGCAGCUAUAUCGACAUCGCUUCGUAAUGAAUGCAUUGAACAACUUCAGUUAUUACUAGAAGAUGCGCAGAAGGACGAGGCUUUGCAUGUUAGCGGGGUUAAGUCUAAUGACUUAGGCUUCUACUUCAUGCGUUUCAUUAACACUGUGUGCAAUAUUCCUUCAGUUUCACUGUUCAGAACCUUGAGCAGCAAUGAUGAUAAUGCAUUCAAGAAAACACUGGCUACGGAAUCUGCACUUUUCCAGGAGGAAAGAAAAAUUGGCACUGGAUUGGAUUCAACUAAAAUGCACGUGAUACGUUAUCUCCUUAUUCAGUUACUGCUGCAAGUUCUGCUCCAUCCAGAGGAGUUCUGGGAGGCUGCAAUUGAUGUGAUUAUAUGUUGCAAGAAAACAUUUCCUUCCAUUGCUCAGAGCGACAAUUCCAGUGCGCCGGAAUCUGUUGAGGGUGGUACAGAGGAGUCUGAUGAGGAUGGGUCAGAGGAGCCUAAUGAGGAUGGGUCAUUAGAGUCUAUUGAUGUACUUGUGCAGACUUUUCUCUCUGUUUUGCCUCAUGUAUCUGGCCCUGUGUGUUUUGCCAUUGAACAGGUAUUCCGUGUGUUCAGUGAUGAGAUUACAGAAACAGGGCUUCUUGAUAUGCUGAGAGUUGUAAAGAUAGAUUUGAAAGGCUCUCGUCGUCAAACAGAUAGCGAUGAUGACGAAGAUGAGGCUCGUGUUGAUAUUGAAGAUGAUGAUGAAAUGGAAGAUGCGGAUGUUGGGAAUGUUGAUGAUGCCACAGAUGAAAUGGAUGAGGAAAUGGAAGAUGAUUCAGCUGAUGAAGUAGAUGAGGAUCAGGAUGAUUUGGAAGAAACAGUCGACAAUAAGGCAAAAGAUGGAGAUGAUGCAGAAGCUACCAAAGGUGGGGAAGAUUCCGAUGAUUCAGAUGGUAUGGACGACGAUGCUAUGUUCCGUAUUGAUCCUUAUAUUGCGAGGAUUUUCAAGGAGCGCAACAAUCUUCCUGGUAGUGAAACUCAGCAAUCUCAACUUAUGCGAUUUAAGCUUCGCGUGCUUACUUUACUGGAGAUAUAUCUUCAGAGGAAUCCAGGAAAAAAACUGGUGCUGGAGGUGUAUGCUUUCUUAAUGCAAGCUUUUGUGAAAUCACAUAGCGCGGAUGGCAAUGAGCAGUUCAGGCAACGUAUUGGUGGUAUAUUGCAGAAAAGGAUAUUCAAAGCAAAAGAAUGUCCAAAAGGCUUUGAUGUCGAACUUAGUAGACUUGAAAGUUUGCUGCAGAAGGCUCUGCAUCUGGCAUCACGGUCACGAUACAAAGCAGUUGCUUCUGCGGCCCAAAAUGCCACGUUUUGGAUUCUUAAGAUUAUCAAUUCCAAGGGUUGUUCCAAGCAGGAACUUGCAAGUGUGGUCGAUAAGUUCCAGUACAUGCUGAACGACUACUUCAGCAACAAGAAAUCGCGGCUGAAGAUUGGUUUUGUGAAGGAGGCUUUCCGCAGGAACCCCUGGGUAGGACGGGAGCUUUUCGGCUUUGCUCUACAGAAGAUCGGCAGCACCAAGGCUGAAUACCGAAGGGUUCAAACUUUGGAGCUGGUGGACUGUAUAUUGAAAUCCUGGGUCGGCGACGACGUCUCGAGCGCGUCAAAGGUUUUGAAGAAGCACAUGGCUCUGCUGUGCGAGCUGAUGCAGGAAAUCCUCACAAAGAUGCCCGAAAACAAGUCGCGUCGCCAGGAGGUGCGUAGGUUCUGCACGCGGGCUCUGCAAACCGUGACGAGGCUCAAUCUGAAAGAGAAGUUUCAGAAGAAGCUAAGCUCGGAAGCGUACACCCUGUGUGAGGCACAGCUGGGAGCUGCAUUUGUUCCCUUCCGACAGUGA